GGGGAAGUCAAACAGAUCCAUCGAAGAGAAGCCCCUUGUAAAAGGAAAAUAAAAUAACCAAACCCCGCCAAAUCUCCAUGCUCUUCAGCUCUUGAUGCAAGCUGGAGAACUACCAUCACAUCUUAACCCAGACACUCGACCAAGGCUGACUGUACCUAUCCUGCCAUGCACCGAUAGUUCGGACCCGUGCGAUAGGUCGGUCGUUGAACGGCGCAGCCGCGGAAGUAGGCCGAGGCCGGCUUGGAACCACGGCAAAGUCCAUCUUGAGCCGGUCUUGGGAUACCUUUAGCCUCUUGGGUACUUAGCGCGCACAGUCUCCUUGCCUAUCAGUCUUGCAGUGAUUACUACACCAAGCACAUAUCCAUUCUAAUACCCCCAUGCUAGACUAGACAGCUCGAUAGGCAGGCCUUUCUUCAGUGGCAUCAGCCCAAAGUCGCUGGUCGCAUUGGGAUGUGCAGCCAUCUGCAAUACCUAUUCUACCUUGCCUAUUCUUGUUUAGAUUCUAUACAAGACACCUAUAGACUAUCCUAGAUUGGGCUCAACUACAUGUCGCACUGCAACGCCCCUCGCCUUAUUGUUUGUACGCCUCUUCUUCACACCAGGGGCUUCGGGCCUUCGAUUUGCAUGCGUGGCUUGAUCAGUAGCAAGCCAUCUUCACCGAAUACCAUCUUCUCCUGACCCAUUUUGCUGUCACAAGGAUAUCUCCCUGUUGGGGCUGAUCACCCCCAGACCCAGAACAACAGAAACCCCCGGAAGCCGACCGUAUCUAUCUCUAUCUUAGUGUCGGCAGAGCCUGAGCAUAGUAUCUUCAGACCUCCACAUAUAACACUGCUUCCUACCUACGCAACUCUUCAUUUUCUUGCUUCUAUUUUCAUUCAUUACCUUGGGGGACAUUCGUUGUCAGCCAUCAAAACCUUAUCUUCCUUGGAAGGGCCUUGUCCACUUUCACUCUUUUAAUCUUUCAGAGUUCUAUGUUCGGAUAACUCGGAGUUCAAUACACCUAUUUCAUCAUUACAGUCUUCUGACAUCUGUCUGAAAUCUCUCUUAUAACUACCCAUCUACUACCCAUCUACAUAGAAGAAACCAUCACCAGAAACAACUUUGAUAACGAUCUGGAAGUCGAGAUUAUUGCAAUGGGUUUGAGCAGUGACAGCAACGCCAACGGCAAUGGCGCCGGUGGCCCCAAUUUCUUCGAGGACUAUGGCGUGUGGAAGGAGGCUCCCAUCCUGAAGGGUACCACCAAGUUCGAGCCACUUCCAGAUGUGAAGAACAUCAUGGUGACAGGGGGUGCUGGCUUCAUAGCAUGCUGGCUCGUCCGACAUCUCGCUCUUACCUAUCCUCACGCCUACAACAUAGUUUCAUUUGACAAACUGGACUAUUGCUCUUCGCUCAACAACACUAGGGCGCUCAAUGAAAAACGAAACUUCAGUUUCUACCAAGGAGAUGUCACCAGCCCGACUGAGGUCAUGGACUGCCUUGAGCGGUACAACAUCGAUACCAUUUUCCACUUUGCUGCACAGUCGCACGUCGACCUGAGCUUUGGUAACUCGUACAGCUUCACGCACACCAACGUCUAUGGCACCCAUGUCCUUCUUGAGAGCGCCAAGAAGGUGGGCAUCAGGCGGUUCAUCCACAUAUCGACAGAUGAGGUAUAUGGCGAAGUCAAGGAUGACGAUGAGGACCUGCUCGAGUCCAGCAUUCUUGCGCCCACGAACCCUUACGCCGCAAGCAAGGCCGCUGCGGAGAUGCUGGUGCACUCGUACCAGAAGAGCUUCAAGCUCCCCGUCAUCAUUGUGCGAAGCAACAAUGUUUAUGGCCCGCACCAGUACCCGGAGAAAAUUAUACCAAAAUUCUCAUGCCUGUUACACCGUGGCCAGCCUGUGGUUUUGCAUGGUGACGGCAGCCCGACACGCAGGUACUUGUUCGCCGGCGAUGCAGCAGAUGCGUUCGACACAAUUCUGCACAGAGGCGAGCUCGGACAGGUCUACAACGUCGGUUCAUACGAUGAGAUCUCCAACCUUGACCUGUGUGACAAGCUCCUCACCGAGCUCAAGAUCCCCCAUGACACUACCGAGGAGUUCCGAAAGUGGGUCAAGUACACCCAGGACCGGCCUUUCAACGACCACCGAUACGCCGUGGAUGGCACCAAACUGCGCCAGCUCGGCUGGGAUCAAAAGACAAGCUUCGCCGAGGGCCUGAGCAUCACUGUGGAGUGGUACCGCAAGUUUGGAGAGAAGUGGUGGGGUGACAUUUCAAAGGUCCUCAGUCCCUUCCCCAUCGUUCAGGGCAAGGAGGUCGUGUCUGACCAUGAGCCGGUCACGGAUAUGCCCCAGGAGCCCAUGGAGAAGAAGCGCAAGAUUGGCCAGGUGAACAUCAAGACCAACGGAAACGGAGUUACGCAUCAUUGAGCAUUGGGGAGAGCGGCGCUGUAAUUGGUGAUGGAUGUAUUUUUUUUUAUUUUUUUUGGCUUGUUUUAAUAUGAGUUUUCAAAGGGGCAUUGGGAUUUGCAUUCGACGCGCGGCCUAGAUCUCUAGAAGGUUUAUAUCUCAUGGCAUGUUACUAUUUUCGGGGUAAUAAAUUGCGAUAGAAUUGGUUAUUGGAAUUUAUUCCGGAAAGAAGCCUG